AUGGCUGGCCAUGAUAGCAGCGACGAUAUUGGAGAGCGGCAGCCGCUGCUUCAAGCUUCUCCAACGACGUUGAGCGAAACAGAGAAUGCCGGCGGCGAAAUACAACCAUCACGAGCUGUCGAAGACGACGUACUGCCAGAGACAUCUGCCCUAGGCCGAACGCUAAGCUGGCAGAAUGCCUACAUCAUCGUGAUAUCCAGAGUCAUCGGUAGUGGCAUCUUUGCCACCCCCGGAGCUAUUCUGCAGCAAGUUGGAAGCCCUGGACUGUCACUAUUACUAUGGAUUGUUGGCACGUUUGUUGCAGCCGCUGGUCUAUCAGUAUCCCUCGAGUAUGGAUGCAUGCUGCCGCGAUCUGGAGGCAUGAAGGUCUAUCUCGAGUUCACUUAUAGAUACCCCCGGUUCUUUGCAACUACGUUGGUCGCCAUCAACGCGGUAUUCCUAGGGUUCACAUCCAGCAACUGCAUCAUCUUUAGCCGCUACGUAUUCUUUGCUUUUGGAGUGGAAAAUGCAAGUGGCUGGGCAGCGAAAGCAGUCGCCACUGCUCUACUGGUGGUUGUGACAGCGACUCACGGGCUGGCUCCCAAGGCGGGCAUCAAGAUACAAGAUUUCCUUGGCUGGGUCAAGAUUGGCAUCGUCAUCUUUAUGAUUUUCUCUGGUCUCUACGUUGUACUUUUCCGGCCAACGCUAGAUACCUCAUCGGGCGGCAAUCCCUUGUCAUGGGAUCACCUGUGGGACGACAGCGUUUGGAAUUGGGGCGUCAUUUCGACGGGGCUAUUCAAAGUGUUCUACUCUUAUGCUGGACUGGAUAACAUCAGCAACGUGCUGAACGAGGUCAAAGAUCCCGUACGGACGCUACGUUCCGUAACACUGACUGCACUGGCUACGUCUUGCGCCAUGUACGGGCUCAUCAACAUUGCAUACUUCAUCGUGAUUCCUAUUGAUGAAAUCAAGGGGAGCGGAGAACUCAUUGCGGCGCUCUUCUUUCGGCGUGUAUUUGGUGAGCAAGUCGGUAGAACGAUUUUGCCUAUGGCAGUUGCUCUCUCUGCGGUAGGAAAUGUUUUUGUUGUCGCAUUUGCAAUGGCCCGAUUAAAGCAAGAAAUUGCCAGGCAGGGCUUUCUGCCUUACUCGGAAAUCCUUGCAUCUACAAAGCCAUUCAACUCGCCUCUAGGAGGCCUUAUUGUCAACUUUGUUCCCUCAUUAUUGGUCAUUGUGCUGCCGCCAACUUCAGAAGCAUUCUCCUUCAUCCUCGACGUGGAAGGCUAUCCAGCUCAAGUCUUUAGCCUUGCUUUGGGCGUUGGUCUUAUUUGGUUGCGAUUUAAGCGACCUGACUUGAAACGGCCUUAUAAAGCAUGGCUAUUCACCAUUGUAGCUCGAGCUCUCUUGAGCUUUGCACUUCUUGCGGCGCCCUUCUUCCCUCCGAAAGACAAACCUUCUGGAGGACUUUGGUACGCAACUUAUGCGGUGGUGGGGAUGAGCACUAUCGUGGCCGGUGUUCUGUACUGGUACGUCUGGACUAUUCUUUUACCCAAGUGGAGAGGCUACACGCUGGAAGAAGAGACAGAGUACGCUGGGAAGGCCGCAUCAUUUAAUGAGCGACCGACUGAAGAGCGUAAAGUGACCAUCCGAGAUGUUGCGGGCCAAGAGAACAAGUACACGCUUGACAAAACUGGAUUCCAGUUUCACCGCCAUACCUCAGUCGAGAAGGAUUUUGUGGACGAUGAGCAUAUCAAGGCACAUUACUACCCAGAGACGGAACAGCUUCUCAAGGAUGUAACCGGAGCAUCCAAAAUCUUCAUUUUUGAUCAUACUAUCCGCCGCCCUCUCCCCAGCGAUGUUGCUGGCUCAAACUCUAACGUUCUCCGUGGCCCCGUCAACCGCGUCCACAUCGACCAGUCCUACAGCGCAGCUCUCUCUCGUGUUCCAUUCCACCUUCCCGAGGAAGCAGAUGAGCUUUUGAAGGGACGUGUCCAGCUAAUUAAUGUUUGGCGCCCGAUCCGACAGAUCCAACGAGAUCCGCUGGCCGUUGCUGAAGCACACUCGGUUGCAGAAGAGGAUCUCGUGCCUGUGCCAUUGAUCUAUCCUAACCGAAAAGGAGAGACUCUCGGCGUGAGACAUAAUGAAGCCCAGAGGUGGUUCUACAAAUCUGGAUUGACUCCCGAGGAGGUCCUCCUGAUCAAGUGUUUUGACAGCAAGACGGAUGGAAGAGCUAGACGGGUGCCACACACUGCAUUUGUGGACCCAAGUGCUGCUGCUAAUGCGCCAGCGCGGGAGAGCAUUGAGGUUCGAGCACUAGUAUUCCAUCCUGAUGAUAGGGAGUAG